UGGCAUCUCUCAGUCCUACCAUGGACUGCCUCUGCAUAGUGACCACCAAGAAAUAUCGCUAUCAGGAUGAAGAGACUCCGCCCGCCGAGCCAAGCCCCGCCCACAUAACAGCAGGAAAGAGCGGCGAAGUUUUACACCUCAGCGACGCCAGCCACGCCCCCAUGGAUGGUCUCCAUGGUUACGCCCCUCACACACAUAUAUCGCCUGCAAAGCCUGUGUUAUUACCAAGCAGCCACGCCCCUUAUUACGCCACCUCAACUCUGAUGAACGGGUUGAGUGGAGACGUGGAGUAUGAGGAGAUCACGCUGGAAAGGGGGAACUCCGGACUGGGCUUCAGUAUAGCGGGUGGGACCGAUAAUCCUCACAUCGGAGACGACCCGAGCAUCUUCAUCACCAAAAUCAUCCCGGGAGGAGCCGCCGCUCAGGACGGCCGACUGAGAGUAAACGACAGUAUCCUGUUCGUGAACGACGCUGAUGUACGGGAGGUCACACACGGUGAGGCGGUGGAGGUACUGAAGGAGGCGGGGCCAAUCGUCCGUCUCUACAUCCUCCGCAGGAAAUACAUCGAGAUCAAACUCAUCAAGGGACCUAAAGGUUUGGGGUUCAGUAUAGCGGGGGGUGUAGGUAACCAGCAUGUACCCAGUGAUAACAGCAUCUACGUAACCAAAAUCAUCGAGGGCGGAGCUGCACAUAAAGAUGGACGCCUGCAGAUCGGGGACAGAAUUCUAGCGGUGAAUAACAUAAGUUUGGAGGACGUGAUGCAUGAGGAUGCCGUGACGGUGCUGAAGAACACCACCGAGGUCGUUUAUCUCCGAGUGGCCAAAGCUUCCAAUAUGUUCACUCAGGAUACCUACAACCCUCCGGAUAUCACCAGCUCGUACUCUCCUCACCUGGAUGAGAUCAGUCAUGGUUACAUGUCAGAUUACCCACAAACCCUCACUCCCACCUCCCCGCGACGCUAUUCGCCCAUCCCGAAGGGCAUGAUGCUGGGAGACGAGGACAUCCCCAGGGAGCCGAGGCGGGUUCUAAUCCACCGGGGUUUAUCAGGUUUGGGCUUCAAUAUAGUCGGCGGUGAGGACGGUGAGGGAAUCUUCAUCUCCUUCAUCCUGGCUGGAGGUCCUGCAGACCUGAGCGGAGAACUACGUAAAGGAGACCAGAUACUGAGCGUGAACGGCGUGGAUCUGAGACACGCCACCCACGAACAGGCUGCAGCAGCACUGAAGAACGCCGGCCAAACCGUAACCAUCAUCGCCCAGUACAGACCCGAGGAGUACAGCAGGUUCGAAGCGAAGAUCCAUGACCUGCGUGAGCAGCUGAUGAACAGCAGCUUGGGUUCCUCCUCACUGAGGACCAGUAAGAGGAGCUUUUACAUCAGGGCGCUGUUCGAUUACGAUAAGACGGCGGACGGCGGCUUCCUCACUCAGGCCGUGAGUUUCCGUUUCGGCGACGUCCUCCACGUCCUGGACUGCAGCGACGACGAGUGGUGGCAGGCGCGGCGUCUCUCGCCUCACGGGGACCUGGAGGAGGCCGGGUACAUCCCCAGCAAGCGCAGGGUGGAGAGGAAAGAGUGGUCACGCCUCAGACCCAAAGGACGAGACGAGUACGUUCAGAGUUACGAGAUUGUUACACAGAUCGAAGUGAACUAUGCUCGUCCAAUCAUCAUCCUCGGCCCGUCUAAGGACCGCGUGAACGACGACCUCCUCUCAGACUUCCCCGACAAGUUCGGCUCCUGCGUCCCCCAUACCACGCGGCCGCGGCGGGAGUACGAGGUGGACGGGCGGGACUAUCACUUCGUGUCGUCACGGGAACAGAUGGAGAAGGACAUCCAGAGCCACCGCUUCAUCGAGGCGGGGCAGUACAACAGUCACCUGUACGGGACGAGUGUGCAGAGCGUACGGGAGGUCGCCGAACAGCAGGGGAAACACUGUAUUCUGGAUGUAUCUGCUAAUGCAGUGAGGAGACUCCAGGCUGCACAGUUACAUCCCAUCGCCAUCUUCAUCAGACCCACCUCACUCCAAAAUAUACUUGAUAUUAAUAAGCGUCUGACGGAGGAACAGGCGAGACGAGCUUUAGACCGAGCGAUCAAACUGGAGCAGGACUUCAUCGAGUGCUUCACAGCCAUCGUGGAAGGCGACAGCCUGGAGGAGAUCUACCAUCGGGUCAAAUCUGUGAUUGAGGAACAGUCCGGACCGUACAUCUGGAUACCAGCCAGAGAGAGACUGUAAACACACACACACACACUCUCACACUCACACACACACACACAGCGUGAACUCCGGCGGCUUCGACCCCGCCGCCUCCUCUACAGCCGUAACGACCACGACGACGGCGAAGAUGCUGAUGAAGCUGAUGCUGUUUCCACGGCAACGGUGAUUCGGAAGCUACGGUGGCCUGGAAUGGUCAUGUGACCAAAACGACAGGGGCAAUAACACAUAGAGAGAGCACUCAGCACUUUACACACACACACACACACACACACACACACACACACACGCUGUGUGUUCAUGAACCUACCAGAAGCAGGUGGGCGUGGUUACGCCCAGAAGGUGAUGAG